AUGCGCCUCGCCUACAUUUUCACGUUGGUUAUUGCCACCACCCUCCACGCUAGCGGCUUUGCACUCCCCACGGCCACGAAUCCUAGGGUCAGGAUCCAGAAUGAAGCGCCAGAGAUGGUCGAAGCUAUCAACGCUGAUGGCGGAAGACUUCUACGUCGAAUUGGGACGGGUGCGAAGGUUGAAGAAGAGCGGACCUGGAACAAUUUCGGGAAAUGGCUGAAGAAGCAGAUCCCGCUCACCGAAGGCUGGAAGGAAGCUAGAAAGGUGAGGAAAGGCAAAGAGCAUAUGGCUAGAUUCAGGCGCAACCGCGAGAACAUCAGAGCGUCGAUUAUCCAGUAG